AGUCAAUUCUUCUCAACUCUUCAAGAAUGGCGUCUCUACAGUUCUUCCUCUUCUGCCUGAUGGUCGCAGCCUCCAAGGCAGCGCCCCAAGCCACAGAAGUCAAAGCGCCAAUGCCAUAUCAGUUUUCGUAUGGAGUGAACGUCCCCGAAACCGAAGACAUCAAGGAGCACAAAGAGACUACUUCGCCGGAAGGAAGAACCGAAGGAGAGUACCGCUGGCUGCAGCCUAAUGGCCUCUUCAGGAUCGUACGCUACUACGUUGACGGCGACUCCGGCUUCCAGGCCGUCGUGAGCGAGGAGGAGGGCCCCGUCGUCGAGAACUACUACAGGAACUCCCUCAGUGGCGACAGCUCGGUGGGUCUCGCCUCCUCCGGCUCCCUCAACUUCGCCAAGAGCUUCGACGGCUCCCAGGGCAGCAUCGGCGCCGCCGUUAACGUCAUCAAGGCUCCGCGCCCGAGCCUUAACCGCCAGCCUGCUGUCAGCGCCCAGGCGGCCUACGCUCAGCAACCAGUCAACAGUGCUCAGGCUGCAGUCAGUGCCCAGUCUGCCUUCAAUCGCCAGCCAUCAGUCAGUGCCCAGUCUGCCUUCAAUCGCCAGCCAUCAGUCAAUGCUCAGCUGUCCUUCAGCCAGCAACCAUUGGCUAAUGCUCAGACAUCUUUCGGCAGCCAGCCUUCUUUCAAUGCCCAGGCAACUUUCGGCAGCCAGCCUUCAGUCAACACACAAGCGGCCUAUAACAACCAGCCCUCAGUCAAUACUCAAGUAGCCUUCAACAGCCAACCUGCUGUUAACACUCAGGCAACGUUCAGCGCCCAGCCUUCAGUGAACGCCCAGUCUUCUUUCAACUCGCAGCCAUCGGUUAAUGCUCAAGUAGCUGUCAACGCCCGCCCCUCAGUGAACACGCAAGCAGCUUUCAACUCCCAGCCCGCAGCCGCACAGGCGUCUUACAACCGUCAGCCGGUUGCUACUCAGUCAACGGCCAGUCGGCGACCAACUGCUAGCAGCCAGGCUACAGCCACUCGCCGACCAACAGCCGCUCGUCAGCCGACAGCCGUACCCGUACGUCAGCCGACAGCCGUACCCGUACGUCAGCCGACAGCCACUCGCCAGCCAGCCGUCAGCCCACAGCCAACCUAUGGCCCUCAGACUCCCGGCUUUGCCUCUCAGGCUUCUGGCUUCGCUUCCCAGGCCCCAGGCUUCGCGCCACAGAUUCCUGGCUUCGCAGUUCAGACGCCCGGAUUUGCCCGUCAGCAGAGCUUCAACAAGAAGAGCUUCAGCAGCAAGAAGAGCAGCAGUCAACAAAGCAGUAGUCAGCAGGAGAGUUUCAGUAGUUCGUUCUCUGGGGGAUUCGUAGAUGGAGGAUUCAUCAACGGAGGAAUCAUCGACGGAGGAAUCAUCGAUGGAGGAAUAAUCGACGGAGGAAUCAUCGACGGAGGAAUCAUCAAUGACAGCUCUUACGAGGACUCGACGGGAGACAACUACCAGGGCUGAACACCUGGCCCCUUCACCUUUCCACAGUUCCCCACCUGGCCCUUAUCACCUCUCCACACUUCCCCACCCGGUCCUUUCACCUCCCCACAAUUCCCCACCUGGCCCUAUCACCGCCCCACAGUUCCCCACCUGGCCCUAUCACCUCCCCAAGUUCCCCACCUGGCCCUAUCACCUCCCCACAGUUCCCCACCUGGCCCCUUCGCCUCUCCUCUCCCUCCCCUCCAUCAUCCUACAAAACGUUAGUGGGGGACAAUGAACGCCGGAGAACCAUUAGCUAGUAAUAACAACAUUCUACAUCAAGUAAAUCUUUACUUGCUUGUAGAAGGAAUAGUUCUGAACUUAGAAACAAGUCGAAAUCCGAGUAAGUUUAAGGUUAUCUUAGAAGGAGCUCCCCAUUCCUUCGAAAAGUAGUUAUUCAUUUAUUAACACGUUGCGUUCAUUGUGCACCUGCCCCUAAGCAGUAUUAAGGGAUGGCAGAUUUGCGAUUCAAUUGAGUCCGAAUCCGAUGUCGUUGACUGUACGAAAUAUCAUGUAAUUAUAUGCAUAAGUUUAGCAAACAUAUCAUAUUUUCUUAUAUUGUUCAUGUUAUUGCGAAAUAUAUAUAUAUAUAU